CCGAGAGACAGCAGAAACGCUAUUAAGCACACUGUAUUUUGGCUUCACAACAAAGAUAAUACAGAUUGCAUAAAAGGCACAUGGCUUUUCCAGACAAUACAAGUUGUUUGAAGCAAACAGAUGAAAAUCUCCUUUUUCCUGACAUAAUAGAAUUAAAUGUUGGUGGGCAAGUCUAUAUAACACGUUACCUUACUUUGGUUACCAUUCCUGGAUCACUGCUAUGGGAGAUGUUCUCACAGAAGACUGUCCAGACUUUGGCCAGGGAUAACAAAGGUCGUUUUUUCUUAGAUCGUGAUGGAUUUCUUUUUCGAUACGUAUUAGACUAUUUGAGAGACCAACAACUGUUUCUCCCUGAUCAUUUUCCUGAAAGAAGGCGACUUCAGAGAGAAGCUGAAUACUUUAAACUUCCAGAGUUAGUGAAAAUUCUAGUGGCAAAAGUCAGUAAACAAAACUGUAUUGGCGAUGAGACAUUUCAAAGUUAUGCUGAUACUAAUAUUGGAAUUGACAGGAAUCAGGCAUUUGUUAAUGCAUUUGCAACAACUGCUGGGAAUCAGUCAACACUACCAGACCAGCAGUGCUAUGGUUUCAUCUCCAUUGGCUAUCAUGGCUCUUACACAUUGGUCAGAGAAAGUCAAACAGAUGCCAAAUUCAGAAGGGUGUCAAGAAUUAUGGUAUGUGGUAGGACCUCAUUAGCUAAAGAAGUUUUCGGUGAAACACUCAAUGAGAGUAAAGAUCCAUAUCGACCUCCUGAAACAUACACCUCAAGGUACUACCUCAAAUAUAAUUUUUUGGAACAAGCAUUUGAUAAGCUGGCAGAUGCUGGGUUUCAUAUGGUGGCCUGUAACUCUGCUGGAACAUCGGCCUUUGAUCAUACUGAUGACAAGAUCUGGACAUCUUACACUGAAUACAUUUUCUACCGUAAGUGUUCCAACCAAAUUAAAAAUCUUACCUUCUACUUUCUUGCUUAUACUGUAGUAGAAGUAGACUUUAUUAAAGGGGUUAUCCAAAAUCUAACACAUGUCCCCCCCAGUGGCCGGGCCUGUCAUACAGUUUGCUGGGUGAUGCUAGGGAGGCUGAUCCCCAUCGGGGCCUGCUAUUGGCUGCUCCCCACAUCACCAGAUGUUUUGAUCUGUGCAACGGGAAGAUGCAGCGGUGGCUGUGUGGGGAUCAGGAGUGACGCAGGUGCCGGGGAGUGGGGUAUGUCAAAUUUAUAUGACAGGCUUGGGCAUUGGGGGGCAUGUGUUAGACUUUGGAUAACCACCUUAACCUCUACCGUUGCCAUGUAG